AUGAAGCUCACUCCGGGGGUCGCAUGCCUCAGCUUGGCCUCUCUUGCAGCCGCUGACUGGCGCUUCCGGUCCCGCCCCGAACUUGCCGCCCCGAGACUCAACAUUACUGUUGCAGCAGACUCUCAUGCCGUGGAGAAGGGCUUCAUCUUUGUGGCACCCUACGAGGGUUUCCAAGAAGGCCACAGAGGCCCUGUCCAGCCGGGAGCUUACAUCUUUCGAGACGAUGGAGAGUUAGUCUGGUCCGGCAUAGGACACCAUUCCGGAUGGGUCGCGAACUUCCGCCCCGAUACUUGGAACGGGAAGCCGUAUCUGCGUGCAUUCCAAGGAUCGUUAGAUGGAAAGCACGGUAGGAUGUUUGGCUACCACACGCUCCUCGGGCAGGACUAUGAAGUUGCCAAGGUGGUCAAGGUCGGAUCGCACCGGCUCGUCUCGGCGCACGAGUUCCGGCUCGUUGACGGGAAGACGGCCUUGGUGGAGACGCCGAUCCCGCGAACGGUGUCGUUGAAGCCAUGGGGAGGGACUGCGGAGCAGAAUUGGAUCCUGUCAGGGGGUUUUCAAGAGAUUGACAUUGACACCGGGGACGUCGUCUUCAAAUGGGAAAGCUUCGACCACGUUGAUCCCAAGUACAGCGCUUUCCCACUUGACUUUGGCCCCGGUCUGCCCGGAAGUGGCACAACAGAGACGGAUGCCUGGAACUAUUUCCACAUUAACAGUGUCGACAAAGACGACGAAGGGAACUAUCUCAUAUCGGCAAGAAACGUCGCAGCGGUCUUCAAGAUCAACGGAACCAGCGGCGAAAUCAUCUGGCAACUCGGAGGCUUCCAUGGAGGUUCUUCAUUUGCGCUAGCCAACGAAGACGUGUUUGGCUACCAACACCACGCGCGAUUUCGCAGCCGUUCCGCAGAUGGAAAGAUCGAAGUCAUCUCCCUGUUUGAUAAUGGAGCCCACUCGGCGCCCCAGAAGACGAACGCAUUCUCGCGGGGGCGCAUCUAUCAGCUGAACCACACCGACGGCACCGCGAAAGCGAUCCAGACGUACGACGCACCAGAUGGCUUGUCGGCGCACACGCAGGGUAGCUUGCAGAUCCUGCCAAACGACAAUAUCUUUAUCAACUGGGGCCAGUCUGGCGCGGUGACAGAGUACAGCCAUGAGGGCAAGGUCUUGUUCCACGCGUACCUCGAUUCCGCUCCGGAAGGUAUCUUUACGCAGAGCUAUCGUGGCUUCAGGUACAACUGGACCGGAACGCCUGCUGAGGAACCUGCUAUCGUGACUUUCAAGGGUGAUCGAGAUGGUGAAUUGGAUGUCUACAUCUCGUGGAACGGAGAUACGGAGGCUGCCGCGUGGAGGUUCUACGCCCGAUUUGCAGCGAAGUCUAAGGAAGAUCUCUUGGGAGAAGUUGAGCGCGAGGGCUUCGAGACCCACGCCAAGUUUCGUGGAGUAGCUGUGGCUGAUGACAUCGCGAUUAUUGCAGAGGCUGUUGGGAAAGAUGGGAGAGCGCUAAGGAAGACGAGACCUGUCCCGAUUUCCUUCGACUUGGCUAAUCCGCCUUCUGAGCCGAAGUGGGGAAUUGACGAACUGUGA